AAGCCACGCCACACGCGCAGCCCCUCUGUUUCCCGUCGGUUCGGUCCGGUCCGGUCCGUUCUUUCCUUCUACACUUUCCUGAGUUAUGGCGAACGAAUGGUUAGUCAAAUAUUUAUAUCCAAAAAUCCCCUCUCUCUCCCUCUCUCCCUAAGGUUGUCUUCCAUCAAUGGUGUCUGCAAACCCUAAUUUCGGCCCGCCGCCUUCACCUUUGAAGACUUAGAAUCUCUCUCUCUCUCUCUCUCUCUCUCUCUCUCCCCCUCCCUCUCUGUAGUUUCAACGCGACGGACAGCCUGUAAGUACUUCCGACACCUCCUUAUAUAUGAGCAUGUGGAUUCUGGCAAUUUGCAGAAAUGUUGGCGAAUUUGAAUUUAGCUGAAUCUGUGUGGUUCAGCGUUAAAAGAUCAAAAUUUUUGAGAUUCUGUUUUGGUUUGUGGUAAUUCGUUUGGUGUCUGUCUGGUUAGGGAUAAAAUUACGAAAAAAACUGGAAAGUUUGGACAUCUGUGUUUUUCUACCUUUCUAAUUUGGGUUGAAAUGGGGGGAAUGAGUUGUAUUCAAUUGUAUGGUUGGAUCAGUAAGUUGGGAAUAUCUAGAAUAAAUUUCGUUUUAAGAUAAUUUUACCUAGGUUUAUCAGUGGCCGAGUGGAGGCUUGAAGUUUACUGCCAAGAAUUUUUGGGGUUUACUGUUCAUACGUGGUAGUAUGCCUUUUUCACUAUUGGAAGUUUCAGGGUCAGCAGGGUGGUCUGAGUUUAACGGCUUCAAGUUGACUGGGUUUGGUUUAAGGCUAUUAGCUUAAGUCAAUUUGCUCCCGUGAAGGUCUUUACUUCGUAAUUUUGGUGUUAGCUGGGUUAUCUCUGAGGUAGCACUUGCCUCCUUACUGAUGGCAGAGGAGAGCCCAUGGACUGGUGGGCUUUAUUCUGGAUUGGCUGUGGUGUUGAAUGGUGAGGAAAGGGGAGGGGCUUCUCAUAAGAGUCGUCUUAUUUCAUGUUGCAAUGAUUUAGGUGACCAGUCCCUAGAGCGAACUCUUGAACACAUUUUCAAUCUCCCUCACAAGACAAUUAGUCCACUUUCCAGUCCACUUGAUACCAAUACAGUUUCUUCCAUCAUAAAGAAUGAAUUCUUCAAACAUAAUAUGCAAUCAGACACUGUUGCUAGAAAUAGGGAUGGAAUCUCUACCGCAGGUGAUAGUUGUGGAUCUCUUGUUGCAAUUGAAGAAUCUAGUAUCUGCGGGGAUAUUCGAAUUGUGAAACCACCUCUGCUUCUAGAAAGUCAAGCAAUUUUUAGUAGUGUAAGGGCUACCACCUGUGUAUGGAAAGGAAAAUGGAUGUAUGAGGUGAUUCUUGAAACUUCUGGUAUACAGCAACUUGGAUGGGCAACACUUUCUUGCCAGUUUACUCAUCAUAAGGGUGUGGGAGAUGCUGAUGAUUCUUAUGCAUAUGAUGGAAAAAGGGUCCGUAAAUGGAAUAAAGACUUUGAAUCUUAUGGCCAGUCAUGGGUAGUUGGUGAUGUUAUUGGAUGUUGCAUAGAUUUGGACCAUGAUGAGGUCUCUUUCUAUAGGAAUGGUUCUCCUCUUGGAGUAGCAUUUAGUGGCAUCCGCAAAAUGGUGCCUGGACUGGGGUAUUAUCCUGCCAUUUCUCUUUCACAAGGUGAAAGGUGCGAGUUGAAUUUUGGGGCUCGCCCCUUCAAAUAUCCUGUUGAAGGUUUCCUUCCCAUUCAAGCUCCAUCAUCUAAAUGCGACCUUGCUAAGAAUCUCUUGAAUUGCUUAUCAAGGCUGUGGGAGAUGCAACGCAUUGAGGGGGCAGAGUUAAGUUCUGUUGAGAAAUUGAGAAGAUUGAAGAGGUUUGCGCCGUUUGAAGAGAUUUUUCACCCCGUCUCACAUGGGAUAUGUGAAGAGUUUUUCUUGGCACUUGACACUGAAGCAGGAAGCACAGAAUACGUAGCAUGGGGUCCUGUUUUGUUAUUCAUAAUGAAAGUCUUUGGGGUGCAUCCACCCCAUGAUUAUAGGAGUUUGGACAGGCUACUGGAUCUCUUUUUAGAAUUUCAAGGGUCAAGAUUAUUAUUGGAGCAUGUCCUGAAUGCCCUUUCGUGUGGUUGUAAAACAGCAUCACUGGUUUUAACAGAAUGUCCAUACUCAGGAUCAUAUCCCUUCCUUGCUGUAGCAUGUCACAUUUUAAGAAGGGAAGAAUUGAUGACACUCUUUUGGAAAUUGUCAGAUUUUGAGUUUCUGUUUGAAGGGUUUUUAUCUCGGAAGAGCCCUAACAAGCAGGAUCUUGAAUAUCUGAUGCCUUUAAUUUGGUGGCCUGGAUCAUGUGAGGACAUAUUGUCAUAUGAGAGUACCAUGAUGAUGCAGACUACCGCAGCAUUGUCUGAAGCAGUCAGCAAGAUUGAGGAGAAGCACAGGGAUCUUUGUUGCUUAGUCAUACAGUUCAUUCCACCUACAACACCUCUUCAGUUGCCAGGCUCAGUUUUUAGGACAUUUUUACAAAAUUUUCUGUUGAAAAACAGGGGAGCAGAUCGCAAUCUACCUCCUCCAGGGGUUUCAAGCAACUCUGUUCUUGUUUCGUUGUUUACUGUUGUACUUCAUUUUCUAUCAGAAGGUUUUGCUAUGGGGGACAUCCCUGGCUGGAUUAAAGGAUGUGGGAGCAACACAGGGCCAGAUGUUGGCUUCCUUCACAGGGGUGGCCAACAAAGCUAUCCCAUGGGUUUGUAUUUGAAAAAUGAUCCUCAUCGAGUUGAUAUUCCUAGACUUGGAGGGUUGUUCAGUCAUCUGUCCAAAUCGCACCCUGUAAAUGUUGAUGCAGAAGCAGAAGUUAUUCAGUGGGAGGAAGGAUGCAUGGAUGAAGAGGAAACUAGAGUGACACAUUCUAGUAGGUGGAAACCAUGCUGUUGUUCUAAUUAUGAAGUUGAUUUUUCAAAAAUUUCGAAGAAUCCAAUAAGAUGCACAGGCAAAGGGUCUCAUGGUCACUGCAGCACUGUUCCAGAGAGAUCUGCUCAUGUUGCUGCAGAAUGCAGCAGUGGGAAUUUGAAUGAUGAGAUAACAGACAAACCCAGCACAAGUGACCAAUCCGGACCUGAAUUUGGUUACCGGCCAAUGCAACAAAUGAGAAUUAUUCCAUUGGAGAGUGACUCAUCUUCAGCCACACUGAAAGAAGAGGAACUUCUAGAUGCUAUGCUUUUAUUGUAUCAUUUGGGUCUUGCUCCAAAUUUUAAACAGGCAUCAUCUUACAUGUCUCAGCAGUCACAGUUAGUAGCUCUAUUGGAAGAAACAGAUAAACAAAUAAGGGAAAGAGCUUGUGUAGAGCAGCUAAAGCGCUUGAAGGAAGCUCGUAUUGAUUACCGAGAAGAAGUUAUGGACUGUGUCAGAAAUUGUGCAUGGUACCGUAUCUCUCUGUUCUCUCGCUGGAAACAAAGGGGCAUGUAUGCAGCUUGCAUGUGGAUUGUUCAACUUCUUCUGGUUGUGAGCAAAGUGGAUUUGGUGUUCCUCUAUAUUCCAGAAUUUUAUCUGGAGACUCUGGUUGAUUGCUUCCAUGUGUUGCGUAAGAGUGAUCCGCCGUUUGUACCUGCUCCUUUAUUUAUCAAGCAAGGACUCACUUCUUUUGUUACUUUUGUGGUCACUCACUUUAAUGACCCACGGAUAUCAAGUGCGGAAUUGAGAGAUCUUCUUCUACAAUCUAUUUCUGUCUUGGUCCAGUAUAAGGAGUUUUUGGCUGUUUUUGAGAAUAAUGAAGCAGCCAUCCAGAGGAUGCCUAAAGCAUUAUUGUCUGCCUUUGAUAAUAGAUCAUGGAUUCCUGUAACAAACAUACUACUGCGCUUGUGCAAAGGUUCUGGCUUUUGUUCUUCAAAGCAUGGAGAGUCGUCUUCAACAUCAAUUGUUUUUCAGAGAUUGCUACAAGAGACUUGCAUCCAUGAUGAAGAAUUGUUCUCAGCUUUUCUCAAUCGCCUAUUUAACACCCUGAGCUGGGCGAUGACUGAAUUUUCAGUUUCAAUUCGAGAAAUGCGUGAGAAAUACAAGGUUUUGGAGUUUCAGCAAAGGAAAUGCAGUGUCAUAUUUGAUCUAUCUUGCAAUCUUGCAAGGGUACUGGAGUUUUGUACCCAUGCAAUUCCGCAGGCAUUCCUAUCAGGAGCAGAGACAAACCUACGAAGGCUCACUGAAUUGAUUGUCUUUAUUUUGAACCACAUCAUAUUAGCAGAGGAUCCUGAAUUUUUUGAGCUGUCAAUUAGGCGGCAUGGUCAAUCACCAGAAAAAAUAAACCGAUGCACCAUUUUAGCACCUCUAGCUGGUAUUAUCUUGAAUUUGUUGGAUGCUAGUGCAGAGGCAGAAUCCUGCCAGCAGAAUGAUGUCGUGGGGGUAUUUGCAAGUAUAGACUGCCUUGAUACAGUUCUAUUUGGAUUCCAGUUACUCUUAGAGUACAUCUCGGCCGGAUCCUUCAGAGGGGAUGGCCAUCUUGCAAAAAUGAAGCAGCUGGAGCAAUUCUCAAGCCUCUUGAUAAGCCGAUCGGAGUUGGGGAAAGUUGAGAGGAUGGGAUUCGAGGGAGAAGCUGCUGACAGGAUAUGCUGUAUCUGUUACGCACGGGAAGCAGAUGCCCAGUUUGUACCGUGUUCUCACAUGUCUUGCUAUGGCUGCAUAUCUCGGCAUCUCCUGAACUGUGAAAGGUGUUUCUUCUGCAAUGCAACAGUGGUGGAAGUCGUCAGGACUGAUUCGAGGGCAGCUUAAUUAAAGCUGAUUAAGUGUGUUCUGGGUUGAGUUUGGGGGGUGUGGAUCAAGUAACAGUCGGGUCAGACACCUACUAUUUUAGGAGGUUGGGGUAUUAUCUCAAAAUUGGGAUAUUAUGACAAAAGAAGAAGAGGAAGAGGUAGAGGAAGAGGAAGAAAGAAAAUGGGGAUUGAUAAAAAAACCUUAUUACUUAUUUUAGAACCGGCAGCUAGAUAGAAGUGUUGUUAUAGAUAGGUGUAAUUAAGUAUAAUAGAUGUAUAGGGCGCUUGGGGUUGUAGUAAACUGGUUGGUUGGUUCUGGAAGUGGGUUUGUUGUGGACUUGGAUUAACUUAAAAUUUUGUAGAGAGGGGGGGAAGAAGCUCAAGGCAAUUAUUUUGUAAAUAUGAGUUGUAAAAGGAAAAACUCUUUUAUUUUUAUUUUUUUGUUUU